AUCACAACGCAUUUUUUUUUUUCAGCAGAGAACUUUUUCUUAUUCAUCUUAAUUUUUUUGCAUAUGAAGCUUUUAGUUUAACAACAAUGGUGGAAGUUGAAGAGAUUGAGCUAGAUUUAGGGUUAUCCAUUGGAGGAGUUUUCAGAAAACCCCUGGAAAAACCCAAACCCGAAUUAGGACCCGAUUGUUUAGUUUCGGGUUCGGAUCCCAACAAUGAAGUGCAGAAAGUGUUUCCACAGGUGAAUCGUGAGGUUCAGGCUUUGAAGAGAAUGGAGUUGAAGAGGAAAAGAGAGCAGAAAAAGGGAAAUGGAAACCGGGUCGGAGAAUCCGAACCCGAACCGGAAUGUGAGCAGGUAUUUAAAAAGGAGAAGACGGAGUUACUUGACGGUGCGGUUUCUUUGACAGCUCCGUUUUUUGUUUUGCAACCGCAACAGUAUGGAUCGGUGCAGUAUAUGCCGUUAAAUAAUGGAUUGUCGUUACCGUGUUGGUUUGCGAGUGAGAAGAAUGUGGGUGGAGUUGACGGUGUUAAUUUUAACGGUGGAAAUGGAAAAGCGAAAUCUAACGGGUCUUCAAGGUGUAGUUCUUCUGCUGUUUCUGAUUACCAAAGCUCUUCUCGUGAAGAUGGAGGGUGCAGUGACAGCCACAGCCAUUCAGCCAAUUCAUUUACAGAACAAACUGAGUUGAAAAAAUCAAAUGAAAUGAACAUAAAAAGAAACCAAGCAGAGGAAAUUGCUUCAUCUCAUCCUACAAGAGCCAAACAAUGCAACAAUUCACAUGACAAUACAAAACACAACAAUGUGAAUGAAGCUCAAACUCAGCCACAUAUCAUUCAAUUUCAACCAAAUCCAAUGAAACUUCCAAUGCCAAUUAACAAGCCAUUAUUGCCUACUGAAAAUUCAACCAAAGGAGUAGCACUAUUCAAGGAUACAAAAGCUAGGCCUCAAAUGCCUUAUGUAUCAACAAAAGGGAAUGGACCAAAUGGGAAAACAGUGAAUGGAUUUUUAUACAGAUAUUCAAAAUCUGAUCAAGUGACCAUUGUUUGUGUCUGUCAUGGAAGCACAUUUUCACCUGCCGAGUUUGUGCAGCAUGCUGGAGGCACAGACAUUACACAUCCUUUAAGACACAUCACAGUCAUUUCUAAUGCUUUUGGGUGAUCUUAAUUUGCUGUCUUUUUUUUUAUCAGUUGUUCCUACCAGGAAAAAUUCAAUUAAGUGUUAGUAAUGUGAUGUUUAGGCAGAGCUAGUAUUUUUGUUGCUGGAGCUUUUUGUUUCUAUCAACUAUUCUAACCGUUUUAACAAUUGAUGUUCUAACUUUUGAUUUUUAGAGUAAUGCUAUUUGGCUCCUGUUUUGUGUUUUUCUAAA